AUGAGUUGUUUGGAGUCUGUUGGUAGAGAGGUGGAAUUGAGUGUUGGCAAAUUGUGGAAAUUUCAAACAGCCAAACUAUUUAAUGUUCUACCACCAGAUUUAGUAACAGGUUCUAACAAGGAUCAUUCCGAAGAGAGAUGUCUGUUGUUCCAAGGAAUGGUAAUGAUUCAGGAGUAUUUGGAGCACGAUAAUCAAAUGGCAAUUUCUCGAUAUCAAAUUAUUUUCAAUUGGAAUGAUGUAACUUCUUUUUGUAAGACUGAUCUAAUUGAUGGGUUUGAGAAAUUAAAUGAUAUUGUCACUAAGGGACAUCGUUAUAUGCAUAUAAAGGUGACAAGUUGUAAUUUAAAAGUUCUUUUGGAGCUGAGGUUUCAAAAUAGAGAUCAAGAAAGAGGCUUUAAUGAUACUUUAUUUCGAAUUCAAGAGGAAUAUGAAAUAAUGGAUGAAAUUCCAUGGUGA